UUAGAUAAUAGUUGUCUAUGGCAAUAGUGUCUUAUCAGUCUUCUCAUUCCCAAGCUUUUAAUAAAGUCAAAAUUACUUAUUAAUUUAUAUUUUGUUAUAUUCAACAUGCGGACUGUUAUAACAUCGCCACAGCUACAGUUACCAAUAGAUAGUACAGCCCAGUACAGCCGAUCCAAUGCUGUCAACGUCAGCUGUCGCAUGUUAAAAAGCUAAAAACAAAGAAAGACCAAAUAACAUUCUGAACAUUGAUGUAGAGUAAAAUGCCUUGGUAUUUUCCCGAAAGUAUAAAGAAGCGGGUAUGUGUUUAUUUGUUACAAAGAUAUCUGGGACAAUUCUUUGAAGAAAAAUUAACUUUAGAACAACUGUCAGUAGAUUUGUACAAUGGGACAGGAUCUGUAUCAAAAAUUAGCCUUGAUGUUCAGGCUCUUAAUGAGUUGGGUGAAAAACAAAACUGGCCCUUAGAGUUUGUGGAUGGUUAUUUAGAUGAAUUGUUUGUAUCUGUGCCAUGGGCUUCCCUCUUAAAGGAUCCGAGUUUCAUAGAAGUUAGAGGUCUAAAACUGACUUUACAACCAAAACAAAGAAAUGAAUCUGCAACUUCUAUGUUUGAGUCGAUGUGGAGUUCUAUGACCAAUUCCAUGCAGUUAGCCGAAGAGUGUUUUAAACAGGAAAAUGUUAAUUUAUCUGAUUCACAGCCACUUGAGGUUAUUGAAAGAUUUGCUCAAACCAUAGAUUCAAUACUUAGUAGAGUGAGAGUAAAGUUUAUUGAUACUGUAAUACAAAUCGAACAUGUGCCAAAAGAAAGUCAAACAGGAGUUGCUCUACAAAUCAAUAUUCAAAACAUGGAAUACACAGACGAAGCAGGAAAUGAUCCACCAGUUGAGGAGAUGACUGAUCCUGCAAUUAAAGAACACAAAACAUACAUUGUGUCAUCAUUUACAAUUAAAAAUUUUUAUCUAGAAGGAGUUACAUUAUCUACUGUUGAAUAUCCUAGUAAAGCAAGAACAUUCUCUAGAUCAGUUGUACAACAGUCUCAAAUAUUUGAGGAUAGUGGAAAUUCAGAUCCACUGGAAGCAGUUUUGAAUGAUAAUCAUGCUGAUACCAAAGACAAAAACUCUUCUGCAAGUGUAGGAAAUGAUGAAAGGCAUGUUAUUUUAUUUGGAAAAUUAUCUGGAAGACAAGAGAUUAAAGUUCGCUUAAAGCAAUCUGAAAGUAUUAAUGGACCAAAAGUAUCUAUGGAAAUUAAUGUUGGUUCAUUUACAACAUUUCUUUCUCCAAGACAAGUCCAUGUCCUGUUAGAAUUUGCUAACGGUUUAGCUAGUCCAGACAGUGAAGAUACAAGUAAUGUCACAUCUAAACAGAAAUGUUCAGAAAAGCCUAUGAAUGAAAUGGAUUUUAAAAUAAUUGAGCAAGAAUUGCAACAACAGUUACAUCCUUUAGCUCAUCUUCAAUCUGCUGGUUUACCUGGCACUCAAGGGUGGUCAGCAGCUCCAGAUGAAAGCGAUAAUGAUGAAAACUUCUUACCAAUGAAAAUUUCCACAGCAGGUGUAAUGUGUGAUAGUAGUACUUCUUUCGGAAGUAAUAGUAUGGAAUCCAGUACAAAUACCAGCAUAGCAAGUUCAUUUACAGAUCCAUCUUCGCGAACUAAAAGGAGAGUUAAUAAUAUAGAAACUGAUCCUAGUGCAGAAAUAUCACAUUUUCAAAUUCGAUUAGCAUCUUUUGCAAUGGUGCUUUUACACGAAGAUAUUUUAGCACUUCCUGUAGGUGUUGACCAAAUCUUAGCACCAUCUAGUGUUCAGCAAAUGCAAAAUACUGCUGAAAGCUUUUUCAGAAAUCUUGGUUUGUUUGCUAUUAAUGGAUAUGGCAAUAAAGAUUUUCAAAAUGCAAAAGGCACUUUUGAAAAGGCAUGCAAAUUUAACCAUCUUAGAAUAAUUGCUGCCCCAAUACAAAUAGAAGGCGAUGAAAAAACUACUCUUAGUACAUUUUCUAUAUCAGGUAAACUGAUAGUAGCCAAGUUAGAGUUUCUUGAAUGUCUCUAUGAAAAAGAUGACGUGGAGUAUGUUCCCCUACUUCAGUUUAAUUGUACGGAAUCGCCUUCGGUUAAUCCCAUCUUAAAACCUUGUUUAAAAAUAAUAUUUAAGCAUGUAGAAAAAAGUUGUAGGUCUGGUAUUACUAGAAGAAAGUGCCUUACAAAGACUGAUAUUUCAUUUCUGUUGGAUGCGUGUUUAGUUGAAGUUGAUAUUACCAUCGUAGAUCGAGUAAAUGCUCUUCUUAAUCCACAACCGAUUUGUAUCUCCAAAGCAUCCAAGAAUUUAUACGCUGAAAACAAUACUUGGAUUGAACCAUUGGUUCAAACAGAUUCACGACUCGAUUUAAAAGUUACUUCACCUCAAUUAACUUUAAAAUUAAGAUUCCCAGUACCUGAUUUUCGUCCAUCUCAUGAUAUGCAAAAGAAUCCCUGGUGGAAAAGAAAUGUCAGACCAGACUAUUUAACUUUAAAACUAACUGAUUCUUCUGUAUCUUCGAGUUGGUAUAGUAAUCAACUCUACCAACAGUAUAUUGUAGAAUGUAAAGAAGUUGAUAUACAAUACACGGAAUUCGAAAUGAAUAGUUCAAUACCUAUAGCAAAAGCUGGUGUAAGUGAUAAAUGUGGAAAUUCACUUCCUGAUGAUUUUUAUUUAGUAAGGUUAAUACUAAAAAUUUAUCCAAUUUUAAAACCAGAAGUAGAAUUGGAACAAAUGCAGGAUACUUGUUUUGAUUCUAUGACUCAAUCAGUUUAUGGAGAACUUGGAAAUCAAACUGGGAACCACAGUCCUUUCAGUUCUAAACGAACUGUACAUGAAAGUGAUACACCUCAUAAUAAACCUCAUCAAGAAAAAGAGAUAGAAGAGCUCAUUACACCAGGGGACAAACAAGAAAUGGCCAAUUUCAUUGAUAAGACAUCCCAAUUGGUUAGAAUAGGAAUCGAUCUAAAUUUGCCAUGUGUUAGUUUACAGUUAGUAUCCAAACAUAUAUAUGAAUUAAUUUAUAAUCGAAUAAACAAUGAUUUACUAUUGUGGGAGCCGUGUGCACCUAAACCAAAGCCACAAAAUUUUGAAAACAUUAAUGUGGAUAAGUUUUGUUACUUUACAAACAUACAACACGAAAGAUAUUCCAUGUGUCGCAGUGGCGUGCAAUAUGAAUCGGAAUCUGAAUCAGACGACGAAGCAGACAUAAAUUCAAAUGCUUUCUUUUCGGUGUGUGAAUCUCGUUUGCGACAAAAUCGACCUGUUAACUUCAUAGUAAAUGAAUCAAAAGCCCAAAGUUACUUUGGCUUAAAUCUUCACAUCGGUCAAGGUUUAAUAACACUUCGAACUCCAGUUCGAGAUACUUGCCUAAAUGUUAUACCUGGUCAACAUGGUGAAUUCGUAUUCAGUGUUGAAGAUAUCAAUGUUUUUAUUGUAUCUGGCUAUAAGGGAGAUAAUAACUUAGGUUAUAUUUGUGUGCAAGCGCAUGAUGUCCAACUACAUUACUGUGAAAUGAUUUCAACAUUAAGUCAAAAUCCUCCUCUCAAAGAAGUCGGUUCUGCUGUAGGAAAUCAUUUGCAUACAACUAUAUAUAAAUCUGAGAAGGGAGUGUUGAUCAAUUCUUCUGGUCGUGGUGGUGAUAGAGAACAGGUUUCUGUGGCUAUAAAAAUUCGAGCAAACCAUGAAACUCACCAUAUAAAGACGAUCAGGGUCGCUCUAGGAAUUAAUAAGAGUACCUUAAGGCAUAGAAUGUACAAUGAACCAAAUAAUUGGAUUUCACAACUAAUAGAUUUCUUCAAUGUAUUUGAUUAUCCUAUACCAGGCUAUCAACCCAAAGAUGUACUAACUGAAUUGCAUUUAAAUUUGUGGGACUGUGCAGUGGAUUACAGGCCCCUUCACUUGCCGCUCCGCUCUUUACUAACGGUAGGAACAUUCAGCAUGUCUUCAAAUUUAUCUGCACAAGCCAACACUUCAACUUUAAGAUUUAUAGCAGAAGAUUGCUAUUUAUUUCUCAGUGACAAAGCUCCACCGAGAAACGGCAUACCAUCUUCAUCAUCAGUUGAUUUAAAGAAAGAUUAUGUUAACGUAAUUGACAUUGGACUGUUCGAACUCAGUCUCAAAAUAAGUGAUAAAAAAAGUGGAAUAAACCCUCACAUCGAUCUUCGGGCUUCUAACAACAUUGUACACAUACGAACCUGCGCUGACAGUGGUCAUGCACUUAUGCAGUUAAUCACCUAUUUCGCUAGUGAUGGUGAUCUUUGUUCAACUAAUGAAAACACCAAUUUCACGGGUAGUACCAAUUCCAGUCCCCGACAUCAAAUCGAUCAAGAACUUGUCAGUGUUGAACCUCAGAACAUAAGUAAUUUAUCUAAAAGUCAACACGAACAUGUCAACGACUUAUUAGGAGAAGCAAUGCAAGAAAGUGUGUGUAACGAAGAAAAAGUGAUGGACGAUGCGAUUUCUGGUGCCAAUAUCUUUUUUUUCCCUGAUGAAGGCAAACAGUUAGGUGACUUAGGGAAACCACCUAUUCAAGUUACCCGUGAAUUGGGCGACAUUUCAAACCAAUCUAAUAAAGGCAGCGAUACUGAUGAAGACUUUUGUUUUGUUGGGGAGGAUCCUGGUUUAGGUUUAUUGCCAAAAGAUGGACUUCCUGAAAUCAGAUGGCUUAUGGAAGAUCCUGUUCGCUUAAUAGAUAAUCAUUUCUCUGUUCCCAUUGGUAAAACGAAUCUUCUAAUGGCCCCAAAACAUUUCCCAACGCCUGUAAUGCGUUAUACACUUCGUGAAAUGACGAUAGUUUGGCAUAUGUAUGGAGGAAACGAUUUUAAAAUCGUCGAUCCAAGUAAAAAAAAAGUAGUCGGCUUCUCGGAUAUUCAUACGCAUGGAAGUGUGGGAUUUACUAAUAAGGAUAGAGGAAUAGUUAGUUUCAAUGAGGGUACUAGAAAGAAACAGGAAAGUGACUGGAAAUUUUCCGGAGGUGCUAGCAGAGAUCAAAACAUACUUAUGGAAUUACAGUUAAAUAAGGUUCGUUUUCAACAUGAAAUUUAUCCGGAAGCUUCAGUACAUUCCUCCAGGCAGGUUUUGUUGAUCUCUGAGCUAGAAAUUAGAGAUCGUUUGGCAACUAGUGCAAUUAAUAAAUUUCUGUAUCAGUAUACUAGUCAAAUUCGCCCGAAGCAGUCUCACGCCAAUAUGAUAGUAAUCAAAGCGGUACACUUGCGAUCGGAUCCAACUUUAAAGACUGAAGAGUGUUGUUUAAAAAUUUCAUUGCUUCCGCUUAGAUUUAAUAUUGAUCAGGAUUCAUUAUUAUUCUUAAUUGACUUUUUUAGUGAGUUGAGUAAUGCCAAAAGUAAACCAGAGGGAUCAAGUACUACCCAGUCGAAGCACAGUACACCAACUCAUCAGCCCCCUGUAAUGACUGUAAAUGUGGAAAAUGAAAAUGAAAUUGCGGAAAAGGCCCAAAAAAUAGUGGAUGAAAAUUUACUUAUUCUUCUAGAAGAAAAUAAGAGAAGUGAAGAUGACAAACAACCAAAAAAAAUCGCAUCAUCCAGCGAAGUUGGUCUGCCAAUUUAUUUCAGAAGUGUUGUGUUUUCCCCAGAAGUUCUUAUAAAAAUAGAUUAUCAUGGAAAAAGAGUCGAUUUUACUCACGGACCUCUUCAAGGUUUAAUUAUGGGUUUAGGUCAACUUGAUUGUUCUGAAUUAAAACUAAAACGUAUAAGCAACAGACACGGUAUUCUCGGUGUAGAUAAACUUCUUAGUUAUUGUUUAUUUGAAUGGUUGAAUGAUAUAAAGAAAAAUCAACUUCCUAGCCUUUUGGGUGGAGUGGGGCCUAUGCAUUCUUUAGUACAAUUAUUUCAAGGAAUUCGAGACUUAUUUUGGUUGCCGAUUGAGCAAUAUCAAAAGGAUGGCCGUAUUGUAAGAGGUCUUCAACGUGGUGCUAACAGUUUUACUACAUCCACUGCAAUGGCUGCUUUAGAACUUACUUCAAGAAUUAUACAUCUCAUACAAAUGACCGCUGAAACUGCCUACGAUAUGGUGUCUCCUGGUCCUAGUGUAAAAAGAAGAUCAAAAGCAAAAGGUCAUAAGAAGCGAUACUCUCAACCUCAAGAUAUCAGAGAAGGCGUAGCAAAUGCUUACAUGGUCGUUAAAGAAGGAAUUGGUGAAACAGCUGACAAUAUUGUGCGUGUAGCACAUCAAGAACAUGAACAAAAAGGUUACAGUGGUGCAGUAGGGGGAGUUUUAAGGCAAAUUCCUCCUACUUUUGUCAAACCAAUCAUUAUAGCAUCAGAAGCCACGAACAAUGUCUUAGGUGGGAUGAAAAGUCAGUUAGUUCCAGAUGCACGUCGUGAAGCUAAUCAGAAGUGGCGAAACGAAAAUGAUUGUUAAAUUUUAAACGGAUAAUAUGUGAUAUGACCUGUUAAUGUAAAUAGCGCUGCUCUUUUAUCAUAUGACAUAUAGGUUUUCUCAAUAGGUUUCCUUCUUGUGCUUAUAGCAUGUUAAGUAUGACUUGACAGUUAGUUAAUGAAUAUUUUAUUUUUACAGUGAAAGCAAAUUUCAGUCAGUUUGCUUUGCUUUAGAAAAUUUUUAUAACCAAAAAAAAAAUACAAUAUGGUAGUCUUUUUCUUGAGAAUUGAUAAAUUUAGGUGAUACUAUUUUGUAUAAAGUAUUUAUCAAGGUAAAACAGAACAAAAUUUCAAUGCGCACAAUAGAUGGCUAAGGUAAUGUAUCAAAAAAUCGGCAAGUAUUUCAUUGUAAUUUUGGUAAAUGUCCAGAAAGCAGCGAGAGGAGUAAUAAGGACCAAAGGAGAAUAUAUUACUAUUUACAAAUAGUUAGGGAUGUGGAAUAUUUUAGUCCUAGGGUUGAUGACCGUAUGAUAAUGAAGAUGGGAUCGUUGGUUAACCUUUUAGAACAUUAAAUAGUUAUUCGUGGAUAACGGAAGAGACACAGAAACACAAGGGCCCUACCUCAUCUUCAUUUGUGGAGCUACUUCCUCCGAACUAUGGUUCCACAAUCUAGGCAUUUAAGUGCAUAAUUCGUUGGCUUUUGAAUAUAUUCAUAAAAACAUAAGAUCAGUGAGUCUACUAUUCAUUAAAGAAAAUUAAAACAAAAGUUACAAAUACAUGAACAGAAAAACCGAAUAGUUCCUAAAUUUUUUUAUUUUUUUGUUUAAAUUAUUUCUAUAAGAAAACACUAAAUUGUAGUAGUUUUUUGACAUGCCCUUAUCUUUACCAAUACCUAUUUGAAAGUUCUUUACUUUAUUAAUUUGUUAACUAGGUAUAUAAAAUGACCCCCCCCCCUAUACUAUUUGGAGCACUCUUGGUGUAGUAUUUCUAGUUUCAUGACUAGUUUUUAUCAUUGUAUUAAGUGUACAAAAGAUAAUUUUAGUUGUAUAUAAUACCAGUUAAACAAUUUCAGAGUUGUAUUGAAAACCAACUGAGCAACUAGUGGCUUUGAAAUAACCGCAAUUUUUAUAUUCAUAUAUAACAGUUUUAGUCAUUAUAGUACAAGGCGGUAUAUGUUAUGUUUGGAUGAAAAAGGUAGUAGGUAUGCUAAAUUUUUGUUGGAAUUUCAAAAGUCAUAAUGAAAGAUAGUUUCACUGUGCAGACACAAAACUGUGUAUCAAAAAAAAAAUCGUUUUCUUCAUCAAAUUACGGCGUAUCAUAAAUUAUUGACUUAAUAGAAAAGUCAUGCGGAAGAAAAAUUUUCGUAAUUAAAUUUCCUGCGAUUGUUUGCAAAUCACAAAAUUAAUUUUUUCGAUUUUAAAAAUUUAAAAACGCAAAAAAACUUAAUAUGUGCUAACUUGAAGAUUUUUUUUCACAUACUUAUACUACCCCUAAGACAUUCAUACUUAGCUAAAGAAAACUUUUUAUUUUGAUAAAUAAUCACAAUAAAUUUCACCUAGAUCGAAUGUAUAGUUUUUGCAUAGGUAAUUAUUUUGUAAUUUACGCUGUGUAAAUAAAUUCAAAUUUUCAAAUUGUUGCUGAGCAUUUUAGACGUGAAAAUAUUUGACAUUCUUUUUCCACACAGCUUAAAUUAUUAUGCAAAAACUAUAAAUCCGAUCUAGAUGAAAUUUAGUGUGAUUACUUAUUAUAAUAAAAAUUUUUCUUUAACCAAGUAUGAAAGUUUAACAAGUAGCAUAAGUAUGAAAAAAAAUCUGCAAGUAAUAUAUAUUUUUAUUUAUUUUUUUACAAUGGAGAAAUUUAAUUUUUUGAUUUGCAAACAACCGCGCCUUGUAGGAAAUGUAAUUACGAAAAUUUUUCUUCCUCAUUUCACUUAAGCUAAUAGUUUUUGAGAUGUACGCCGUAAUUUAAUAAAGGAAACAAGAUUUUCUUAACUAGAUGUUUAAUAAAAAGUUAAGCCGCCGGUCCGCAUAGUGAAAAUUCGUUUCCUUAAGACUAUUGGAAGUGUUUACAACGAAAAUCUAGCAUACUACCCUUUUCACCCAAAACAGAUACCGCCUCGACUAUUAAUUAAUAUCAUUUUUUAUACAAAUCGCUUCGUGUAGGUACCUUAAAAUGUUUAUGAAGCAACACAUAUAUUGUAAUGUAGUACAUUAUUAUAUAUAUCUUUUUUAUAUUCUGUGUAAUACUACAAAUAAAUCAAUCUAUAAAAUGUAAAGCAA